UCUUUGUAUUUCAUUCAUUUUUUAAAGUUUGUAGUGUAUACAUCUGUGUAUUGGAUAACUUUUUUUUAAGAUGACUCUGAUUUUAGUUUCCACCACUGUGCCCCGCCCCAAAAACGUCGAAAUUUCAGACAUUCAGACCAACGAAACGCGGUAUAGGGAUUCCUCUCAGCCUGGACCAACCAGGGUUCUAUGACUCUGCUCUUACUACGGAACGCCUACCCGCCAUAGGAGGCAUUUGAGUUUACAGGCCUUAAGCAUUAAGUAGGCCUUGGAAGCAGACGUUUUUGUGUUGGUAACUUUGUAAUUUGUAUCGUGCACGGCAAUCGGCUUUGCCUGUAGAAAGCGCCUAAACAAACGGUGUACCGAUGCACUUAAUUUGAAGCACUAAUUCAAAUGGAAAAUGUCAAACAAAAAUGUGACAGAGGCCUUCAUUCAUUUCGUCAAAUCUUUACCGAAAAAGCUGCCAACGAAACCUGUGAGUGGAACGGUUUCGACAUGGAUGUAUCAUAAAAAUAAACAAUAUGAGGAUAUUGUCGGUCUUUCAGAAGUAAAAGCAGCACAGCAUCGAGUUUUACAGUCAGAAAACAAGUUUAUUAAAUCUCAAGAAGACAGAAGAGAUGUACAAAGGAAAUUGAGUUUUGUGCAGCAGAAGUUACAUGAGCUACAUAUAGAAUUAGAUCGAGUUCCUAGAGGGGAUGACAAAUAUCUUGCACUUAUUACCCAGGAGCACUCAGUAAUGAAAGAAGAAAAAUAUUUAAAAGAAGAAGUUCAGCAACUGGAAAAGGAGGAAAGAGAAAACUUUGCUAUCUUGUCAAAUAAUUUGAGAGAUUCUCAUGAAAAGGAAAGAGCCCAAGCUGAAAAAACAAAGUAUUGGUCAAUUAUUGGAUCAGUUUUAGGUACCAUUGUAGGUGUCUUUGGAACCACAGUCAAUAAUCGUUUAAAAAUGAAGGAGCUCAGAGAUUUGGUUGAAAGUACCACCAAAAACAAUCAGCUGCUUACUAACACAGAGGAAUUAUCAAAGCAAAUUUCAUUGGCGAUACAGCUGAAUUCUCGUGCAUCACUAGGAGACAAGCUUCAAGAUUUUUCAGAAGGACCGUGCGAGCUGACAUACAACCUUGGAUAUGAAGAAGGAAGAAUCGCUACUGUAGAGGGUAGGUUGACGGACUACCUAAGACCAACUAAUCGGCAAACACCUACGACCUAGGGAAGAAUGGGCUGCCUCAAAGAUAGACAGGUGUCGCAGAUUGUCUGCCUUUUUGCCCUUCGACUUGUGACAAAGCCCAACCUACAGCAUAUUUUUCAGCACACUCCUGCACUAGAUCAUUUGUUCCCGUCCGAGGACCAAAGUUCUUAGUUAUCUCAAUAUAAUAUAAAGUACAUAGUGAUGCCUUGGAUGCUGCGAAAAAGUUAGCAAAAACCUUAAACUUCUGCAGUACAAACACAGAAUAAUUUUCGUAACAGUCCGUCUUCACAAAAUGUCCUUGUCUCAUCCAGCCUAUUUGUUUAUUCAUUAAACACGGCGAAAUCAGGCUACAAAAUUUUCUACAAAGGAUCCAUAUACUCUUUGCCAACUUUGAUGACGUCUAUCUCCGGUUUAACCUUUGUAUCAGAACAAAAUCAGUUAACGAAUUUCAACGACUUUUUUUUUAUGUACCUUGUCGUAAAGGUGAGGGAACGCAUCGUUGGCAUGAUACUUUGUACGAACUCUUUCAUAGGCUUCGAGAUCAAACAUCUCUUCAAAUUCCUUUCGGUCCAUAAAGAUAUCAGCGUAGAGGAACGGAUACCCUCCUACAUCACGAGUAAAUCUAUAAACGGAAUAAAUCUCUACAGUUUAAAACAAGGAAAGAAAAACAAAACUUGUUUUUACUUUUCCAUUUUGCGCAUGGCAGCGACAGCAUCGAAACGUUGCUUACGCUUCACCGGCCCUGGUACUCCAUAGACGCCAAGGUCAUUAAACAUACCUGUUUUCAAACAAAGCGAACAAUUCAUUUAAAAAGACAAUAACAAUUAAAAGUAAAUUAUAAUUAUGAUACAUACCCCAGUUAGUACCAGGACACAUUUGAUCAGGUCGAGGAGGACGUAGUUGGCCAGUAUGGGGUCCGUGAUCAUAUAUUCUGCAGGGGUAUCUAAUUUUCGACCACACCAAUUAAAUUCGUCUGUAACCAUGAGUUUUAAAAGAAAGUUUUAAACAAUACACUAGAAUAGGAUAAGCGUC